UGAACGAUUCAGUUAACUGAAUCGAUUUCACCGUUAGGAGUCAACUCUAAGGAUUCGAAUCCCAGCGCCUUAUACAUAAAGGGCAUAACGGCUGGACCUCGAAGAGUCGACUCUUUUUGGGAUGAACAGGAGGUGGGAUUUAUCAGAAUAAGGUGGGUUUUAAAAUAAAAACACAGGCAGGUGGGAAUGGAGGAUGCAAAGGAUGAAAAGACACUUUUCAGUGGGUUUUCAGAAAGACUUACUCUUGGAAUAACCCGGGUUUUAGAAAGUCUUCCAGGUGUUACAGAUGUGCGGUUUGUUGAAAGGGAACCUGCAGAGAAGAGAUGUCUCCUGUCAUGGGAGCAGAAAAACAGCUGCAUUUUGCCGGGGGACCUGAAAGACUUCUAUCUCACCACAGAUGGCUUCACUCUUACAUGGAGCUCCAAGAUGGAAAGUGAGCCGGUUCCUGUUGGCUGCAUGGUGAUCAACAGUGUAGCAAAGCUUCGUCUGCUGGCGCAGUCCAACAUUUACUCCCUCCCUAGUGCGCCCACCUUAGCUGACCUUGACUUCGGGGAUGAAUUAGAAGGGCCCGAAGAACGAGAAGCGCCUCACUUUGACUCCCGUAGCCGAAUCUUUGAGCUUGACCCCUGUGGUGCAAACGGCAGAGUCUGUCUUGUUUACAAGGACUGCACUCCAGACACCGUGGCCGAACAGAGUGAAAUAUGGUUCCUGGACCGGUCCCUAUACUGGCACUUUCUCACUUCCUCCUUUACCGCGUACUACAGGCUCAUGAUAACACAGUUAGGGCUGCCAGAGUGGCAGUACGCCUUUACCCCAUACGGGCCCAGCCCACAAGCCAAGCAAUGGUCAUCUCUUUAUCAUCCCCUUACCUUCCACGGCGACUCCCAUCUAGAUACAUCUAGUGAAACAUUCCUGAACAAGCUGGACCCAGACAAGGCUUUCCGGGGCAAAACCAAACCUCCUGCUCCCAAGAAAAAGCAGCUCAGCCAGGCCCCAUCUGGUGGAGGCGGUCCAGCCAAAGGUCGGGGCUCAAGGGCAGGCAAAGCGUGAAGAGACAAUCACAUGUCCACUGGGGGUAGAAGGUUUUAUUUGGACAUCGCCAAAACAAGUGCAAUAUUGUAACUGCACACUUUUGCACCCGAGUUCAGAUUUGUGCCUAAAUGUCCCAUUUAGCUUCACUGCAAGCUCUUUUCCUGUGUGUCUACUAAAUUGAUUAAACCUUUCAUGAAUGUACACGA